ACCUGCCCCCCCCCCCCAAAAAAAACCCACACAGACCUGUUGCCGAGCUCGGUGCAGCCUACUGUGGUUGCAGGAGUGGAGGUGGCUUGAAAUUCACAUCAGCGGAGCUCAGGGAACGUCAAGUGAUUCGCUAGAACUGUCAAAUCCGCCUCUGCACCCUCUGCAGACCACCAUGUAUCCCGUAGACCUCCUGCCUGAUGUGGACUACACUGACCAGACCUGUGCUUCUGAGCAAUACCUCUCUUCUUUGGAGGCGAGAACUCAUGGGGGAAAUGAAUGGUUUCAGACAUCAGGUCACUCCAAGGUGGAGGUAACGCAAAGCAAUGUGAGCAGGUUGCAGCUGUUUGGAGAUGACCAGCCUGACUGUAGACUCCUGGUGCUGCAUCCCCCUGAUGAUCUGACACAAGUGUUGGCCCUCUAUCUGCAUGGCAAGUGGUGGUCUGUUGACGAUGUCUUAAGAACCUCCAACAAAUCUAGGACUGGCCUUGUGUUGGUACAGUCAGUCAUGGAGAGGGUGAUUCUGUUCCUGCUCAACCAGCUUGUUGAGAAGCUUCCAGAGGAGGAGACGCUGUUUCGUCCUCACACCAGGACGGAGCACGGCAAACUGCUGUGGCGAGACGGAGAGGCAGUGGGCUUUUAUACCGUUAAACAGAAAGGUAGCUUGUGUGACGGCUGGACCGGCCAGGGUUACCUGCUCCCCGUCCUGGACACGGUGCUAGUGAGGGGAUGCCAGAGGAGACACGGUUUGGGGCUACAGAUGCUGGAGGACUUCUGCUCCUCAUUUCCCGGAGAGGAAGUGCUAGGAAUCAGUUCUCCGUUAUCGCCCGGCAUGGUGGCAGUGUGUAGGAGGUUCCUGCAGCAGCAGGAAAAACACAGAGAACAUCUGUAUGAAGUGGAGGCUCCCGGGGGCUGGGCUCAGCGACGAAACAUCUGGUUGAACAUCCAGCUAGGCCGCUAUUCUCACGGAGUCUGAUGAUGCAAGACUGCUGUUGCCUCACUGAACACCUAUAAGGUCCACAGCCAAAGCCCCCUGCUCAUGGUCUCUUCUGACAAACCCAUGAAGUCUUGUCACCCAAACCAAGAAGGAAACCUCCCAAGUAUCAAGUUUGCUACAAUAGGGUGUAGCCCAGCAGCCCACGCUGAAUAUUCAGACAUGGGACCAUCUGUAAGCCUAUUGAACUGCCCACACAAUGCAAAACACCCGGAUGUUGUCUUGCACUCUUAAAUCUAAACACUCGGAUUCUUCAGAGCCUCUCAAAACAAGUCUGCGAAUGUUCUCAUUCAUCCAGGUCAUGGUUAUCCAAAGGAAUUGAAUCAAGUGCAACUGGACUUGGUAAAUAUCCGUGACGAUGUUUUGCCUCUCGUGAGAAGGAAUCAGGUCUGGUUGCACUUGAUUCAAUUCCUUUGGACUCUCAAAACAAGGUAAGAGGGAGAGGAAAUGCCUGAAAGUAAAAAACGAAUCAGAGGGAGAAUGAGUUAAAAUUAGGACUUGAUAAAGCAUGCACUAGCCAUCAUCCCCUCGCAAACAAUCGCAGAUUGACAUACUUUUCAGAUCUUUAUGUCUGUAGAUGAAACUGGACUCUGGGGUUGGCUUUAUGAAACAAUAUAUACAGGAAAGAAAUGAGUGCAGAGAGCCUAACAAUUAACUACUGGAGAUAUAAAUCUUGUAAUUGGACAGUCAUUUAGUGUGUCUUUUUUUUUUAAACAACAUGCAUGUGGAAUAUGUUCAGGUUACCCUUAAUUUUUCUGUCUUUUUGCAGACCCAAUUUAAACAAACGGGCUUAGAAAGUCUUAAAUUACUGUGUGACACAGUAUGUGUACUGUAUAGGUGCGCUUAUACCAGUGUUUCUCAACCCAGUCCUCAAGGACCCCCUGUCCUGCAGAUUUUCUUUGCAACCCUGAAUAGGUACCUGAUUGUAGUUAUUCAACCAAUCAGCAAUUAAUGUCAGAGUUUGCACACCUUGCAUAAUUAAGUGCUAUGAGGUCAUUGGUUGAGUAAGUACAAGCAGGGCUACCUAUGCAGGGUUACAUUGAAAAGCUGCAGGAUAGGGGGUCCUUGAGGACUGGUUUGAGAAACACUGGUUAUACACCAGGGCUGCAAGCUUCUUCCUUUUUUUUUCUUUUGCUUAACAUAAGAAUAUCUAUCAGUGGAAUAGCUCACGAUGUGGGAAAUAAAGUAUG